CUCCCGUGAGCAAUGUUCAAUGAUAAUUAAUAUUUAUUCAUUUCUUAACUGGUCAAAAUGAAGAAUGCUGAAUAUUUUGACACCGUAAUGUUAUGUUGCAGACACCAAGUGACCUGACUGAACCCUCUGGAGACCAUGAAUGGAAUGAUAGAUACACUUCAUCCUUACAACAGACACCAAGUGUUCCGAUCCUGAUGAAACCUUUUGAAGAUCAAGAAAGGAGUGGAAGAUCCACUUCUUCCUUACAACAGACACCAAGUGACCUGACUAAACCCUCUGGAGAACAAGAAUGGAGUGAGAGAUCCACUUCAUCCUUACAACAGACACCAAGUGACCUGACUGAACCCUCUGGAGACCAUGAAUGGAGUGAGAGAUCCACUUCAUUCUUACAACAGACACCAAGUGACCUGACUGAACCCUCUGGAGACCAUGAAUGGAAUGAGAGAUAAAUUCUCAAAAUUCUCAAAUUUUCAAAAUUCGCAUUAUUUCCUGGAAUAUCUUAUUUUGAUUAUUUUAUUUUUCCAUUUUUAAUAAAUAAUGCCUUCUUUUACAGGUGGGAAUAAGAGACGCACGUGGACAGAUUAUGAAGUGAAGGCUGUUGAGCGACAUAUGUUUGAUUUCAUAACAAGCCAUAAAGUUUCAGGUAAAACGAGCUGUGAGUCCUGUCUCCACGCAGAGCCAGCAGCUCUGAACGACAGAGGCUGGGUGUCCAUCAAAAACUACAUCCACAACAGGAUAUAACUGCAUUAAAAAGGGAAAUGAAUGGCUAGUCCAUUGAAAUGCGAGCACGUCUGGGUACAUUUCAGUUCAAGUUAACUAAAGCAAUAGCAAUGGUGCAUUUAGGGUGGGAUGGUCAAUUAUGGAUUUCAUAUUUGUUGUUGGAUACUGUGUUUCACGUUUGUUGUUUCAUGAUCUUCAAGAGCAAUUUGGAAAAUCCUUGAAGAUGUAUGAACAUGUAAAUUAUACUGUAUAUCAGGCAUGUUCCGAUCUGGGCCUGGAGAGCCACUGUCGUGCCUGUUUUCCAGCUCUCCCGGCUGCAUCACACCUGUUUCAGAUGAUCAGUUCUUCAGUCAGCUCUGAUGCAGCAUUAGAACAUCCUGGGAGAGCUGGAAAACAAAAAGACAGCGGCCCUUGAGGACCGACCUUGGACACUCCUGCUGUAUAUAAACGUACGUACGAUAUACAAACUUCUCACAAAAGAUAGGCUUAUUAGGUUUGAGGUGAUAUUUUGGAAAAACCCUAAAACAUUUGAAUUCAUCCUAUUUCAAGAAUUUCAAUACUUUUUGAAAAGUUGCUUUUGUCUAACGGUAGCUAAAGAAGUUGCUACACACAUGGCACAAUAUAUGGCCAGAUUCAUUAAAAAUUCUUCAUCGCAGUAUUCACAUUUUGACAUAAUCUUCUUCAGUUCAAACAACCCUCAUCUAUUGCAGUGCUUUGUGUCAUGGAGAGGAGGUGGCAUGUUUUCUGUGUUCAUAAUUUCAUAUUGUCAGCAAUUAAAAAAUAAGAAAGUGGACUGACCACAUAUUUAACCGUCUCUUCUUCUUCACAGCUUAUUUUACUAUCUUGUAUUAUUAAUGUGAAUAUUUGAGGGAUGACGGGUAUAACGACUGUUUGGCACAUUCGCCUCACAGUUCAGCAAUUGAUAUUUGAAUGUUUGAAUCUGGGCAUCCUUCCUUUGUAGAGUUCUCCCCAUGCCUGAGCAUGACAAUUGGACACAUGUGCCUAACAUAUACUGUUGGUAUGUAACAUGAGUCAAUUUAAAAAUACACACUUUACUCUUAGCUGGUCUUUAUAAGUCAUAUAUACUUGAAAAUGAUGUGUAUCCAGGGGGCUCAAAAUUCACAAAAACAUGAAAUGGUAGUGUGUUUGAGGUGACUGUCUCCAUAAUACACAAAAACCUGUCAAUGUCCUCAUAUGUAGUAGUUUUGUCAUAAAUCAAAAAAAAAUUACGUCCUAGCCAAAAUCUGAGUAGAUGACUGUCUUCCUGAUUUUUUUUCAUGGUUACCAUAUUUUUUUGGAGCCUGUAGGACCACGGGAAAGGCAUGUACCCAUAUGUCGGGUGAACAAACGGACGUCCUGAAAAUGCACCAAAACACGUA